AUGUACAUAGCUGUUCCAGCUGAAAUACUUGGAAUAAUUCUACCACUUCUACUAGGAGUAGCCUUUUUAGUGCUAGCUGAACGUAAAGUAAUGGCUUUUGUGCAACGUCGAAAGGGUCCUGAUGUAGUGGGAUCGUUUGGAUUGUUACAACCUCUAGCAGAUGGUUUGAAAUUGAUUCUAAAAGAACCUAUUUCACCAAGUAGUGCUAAUUUCUCCCUUUUUAGAAUGGCUCCAGUGGCUACAUUUAUGUUAAGUCUGGUCGCUCGGGCCGUUGUACCUUUUGAUUAUGGUAUGAUGCCUCCCAGCCGGGGGGCGGAUCGAAUCGGAGUUUCCUUAGGUAGCCACCGACCUACAGUUAUCCUUAAACUUCCGUGCUUGGUGGAGAAGAAGCGAACAAAGGUACGCUCGCUUGCUGUCUUGUUCUCUGUCGCGAACUGGGAUCGCUCGCCAGCUAGGUCAGAUUGGAGCAAGAAUGGUUGA